UCUAAUCAAACCUUUGAUGCGUUUACUCGUUUCCGUUUAUGGAGUUUUCUCAACAUUUUGUUGCGCUUAGCGCUCCAGAAUUUCACAUGCCGUUUCGCUAAGGCUGACUGGUCAGCGCAGGUUUAACGCAAAUAUCGAAACCAAAUUGUAAGUACCUUUUCUUUCUUCGAAAUAAUACAUACAAAUAUAGUCAGUCGCCGAAAUUUGAUUCAAACGCGGCAGAGUAGGAGUCGAUUUGACUGAACGGAAGGUGGGCUCCUGUUUGACUUGACCGUGUUAUUCGAGCGCUUCGAAAGUCGCUGAAAUUUCAACGCUUGGUGAUUCUCGAGUGGCGAAUUUUCGCACGGAAACGAUGUGAGAACGCGACCAGAUGAAAAGCUGUUGUUCUCUUAUCGACGAAUUGCUGUUAUGAAUAUUUUUCAAGGAAUAUAGUACGCCGCAGAUGGGUAGUGGUUGUUCAAGAUCGGUUGUGGAUAUAUCCAGCUCAAACUGGAAACAAGACACUAGAAAUUCUGUCUCGAAUACGUCGACAACAAACUGUUCUGGAUCCACGAUAAAAACCAUCGCUGAAGCCGCAAUCUGGAGUCCAUUCAAGCUCAGCCGUUCUGAAGCCGAGGAAUUGCUGUCUCGAGCGGAGCCUGGUGCCUUUGUUUUUUCCCAUGACAUGACAUCAGAGUUGUUUCUAUCGAUUUCCGUCGGAAAAUACGUUUGUCAUCACGCAGUCCUAACACGUGACCAAGGCUAUUACGUCGGUGCUAGGCGGUUCACGACAAUAGGAGAUGUGGUUGAUUAUUUCACAGACCACCCUUUGGGAGAAACUACUUUAAAACAAGAGUGCAGAACAGCACCAAGGUGCACGUCUCAAGUUCAAAUCAAACACCAUCCAGAUAUAACUAUCCCCUGCCCGCCAAAUAUCGCUACAAAUGGACAAAACGCCAGCGAUCUUGACAGCAAUCAGAGGCUUUCCACCGGUCAAACGACCGUCUGUGGUACAAUUAACCAAUCACAAUCACCCAAAAUAACGCUGACGUCACACUCUUCAGCUGAUGAUAAGACUCCCGCGGAGGUUGAUGAUGCUGUUCGGGUGGCAAUGGAAACUAACAAGUAUCAACUGCCGAAGAAUGGUCCCCGAGUUGAUUCGUUAACAAAGAAAGCGCUGACAAGAAGCAUGGCAAUCGAUAGAAGUGACUCUUCGGGAGAAUUUCAAGAAACAGCACUUUCACCUCUGUUACCAACAAGAAAUUCAGCAGUGAAAUGAGGCAUGGCUUAGAGCAGAAACACAGCUUCACAUCAGUAGAGUCCGAUAAUUCCAAGUCCGUUUGAAAGAAACGAGUAAUAGAGUUUUGCUGUACCCAGGGCCUCAAUUUGGAGGAAGCAUAGUUGGACAGUGAUCCGUGGAAUUAUGCAACUGGUUUCUAACUCGACGGUUUACAAAUUUCGAGUCAGACAUGUAGAGCUCCUGAAAUAUUUGAUUACUGUCAUGAGAUUACCUUAAGCAUUUUACAAGAUGCGGCCAUCGUUAUGGCAGGUUAAGAAAGCUGAUGACGAAAAAUUUCCCUGGAUGAGAGAAGUAAAACAGUUUUCUGGCGGUUUAUUGUGGUCAGAAAAGAUGAAGCUAGAAUUUCCAACGGUCAAGCGAAAAAAAUACAAGACCACCUCUGGUUUGGGUUACCUUGAAGUAUUUUCUUAACAAAAUUGUCAGGGAAAGACUACUGUAAGAAAACAUUAUAAAACGAGUAGUGGUAAUUUAAAUUACGAGGCGAUAAACAUUAGGUGGAGUGAAAGCUGAUGAUUUGGGAAAUUUGCGCGAGGUAGUUUUGGCGAUAACAACGCAUUAUCGUUCCCAGUGCUAAUCGUUUUAAAAUUACUUUAUGGGUAGCAUUGGUCACACGAAGAAAAUUCGAAUCCUGAUUCGAAUAUUUUCAUUGGCUGACCCCGGGGAGCAUGCUUUAGCCUUAGCUUUGCAAAACUAUUCGCAAGGCGCGAAGGC